GGAUAAAGAGAAUAUCCAUCCAAGAUGGGUAAGAUUAUGAAACCUGGGAAGGUGGUGCUGGUCCUCAGCGGCCGGUACGCGGGCCGCAAGGCCAUCGUGGUGAAGAACUACGAUGAGGGCACCUCCGACAAACCCUACGGCCACGCUUUCGUCGCGGGCAUCGACAGGUAUCCCCGUAAAGUCAACAAGAGGAUGGGCAAGAACAAAAUCCACAAGCGAUCCAAGGUCAAGCCCUUCGUCAAAGUUGUAAACUACAACCACCUCAUGCCCACCCGGUACAUCGUAGACUUCAGCUUCGACAAGUUUGCUGCCAAGGACCUGAAAGACCCCGCCAAGCGCAAGAAGCUGCGUUUCAACACCCGAGUACGUUUCGAGGAGCGAUACAAGAGCGGGAAGAACAAGUGGUUCUUCCAGAAGCUUAGGUUCUAGGGUGUAAUAAAAAUUAUUUCUUAACGCA